UAUUCGAAAUCGGUCAUCUAUACCCUCCGUUAGUUUUUUGUGUCGAAAGGGCCCUUGCUGUCAAUGGAAGGGACCUCAAAUACCUCUCCACUUAACGACUGACCAUUUAAGCUGACGUGGCAAUGCCACGUGGAAAAAAUUAUCCACAUGGACGGCCACACGUCAGCCUCUAACAUUGUAUUUUAAUUUGUAGUAGCAAGUAACGUGCCUUAUUUUUUCGCUUAUUGUGUUAUCUUUUAGCUAACUUGAAAGUGUAAAAAUUGUUAUGUUUAUCACUUAUUCAAGCCUGGAGCCGAGUAAUAACGUAUCUCGGGCAGUCACAAAAAUCUUCAAGGAGAAGCUAGAUCACGAAGGACAUAAUUGGAAGUCUGUUACACCAGAGACAAAGGACUUCUAUUGGGAGGAGUUUAAGAAACGUUUCCGAUGGGAUAUUGCAAUAGAAGGUGCCAUAAAGGAUGCGUUUAUGAGAAAAUGUGCAGAACGAUACAAAGGUAUGUUAUCUGAAGCAAGAGCCUUUGAGAAGAAGCGCAAACAUAUCCCGACAUCUAUUUGGGAUAGCUGGAAGCCUCAUUGGGAGACUGACGCUUUUAAAGCCAAGUCCGUACAAUGUUCAAAAAAUCGAUUAAGUGAGAAAGGUGGCGAAGGAUCUGGCCCCUCACGCCAUACAGGAGGCUCUAGAACUCACCGAGAACAUGCAAGACUACUGGGUCUAGAACUAAGAAGACCACCUCAUUCACAUGAGCUUCUGAAGAAGACACAUCUCAAGGCGAAUAAUGAGUUUGUGGACCAGAAGUCUAAGAGCACAUAUGAUGCCGUAAUGUCUAAGAUUGCAUCUGCAUCGCAACCUGAAGAUGGAUCCGAUGAGCAUCUAACAAUUGAUUUCUCAAAAAUUUAUUUGGAUGAAGUUGGCGGGAUUAAGAAGAAGCGCAUUUAUGGUCUUGGUUCUCAAGCACCUCUUUAUGGACAUGUUGGCGCAUCCUCCGCUUCAACAUCUCGACAUCCAGAUCUAGACUUUGAUGCUCGGGUGAAUGAAUGUGUCGGACAACGUAUGCAAGAAAUGAAGGAAGAGAUGAAGAAUGAGAUGAGAGCAGAGAUCAGAGAAGAGAUUAGACAAGAAAUGGGAGAAGAAAUGCGUGAAGAAAUGAGAUCAGAAGUGCAGCAAGAGGAUUACUUUACGCGCAUUCUCACAGUUUUGUUUAUGGUUGGAAUGAUUGGUGCAUAUUUGGUUGAAGUGGAUAGGCUUAGAAACCAUCAAGGGUUUAAGUUAUGCAAGGAAAUGCAAUUUCUUGAGGAAACCAGAAAACUUGAAGCAUGA